UAGCAAGGCUACAUACAGACCCCGGUACGUCAGGCUGAUUGAGGUAGUAUGUACAUGUAGAUAUGGUUAAAGUGACUAUGCAUAUAUGAUGAACAGAGAGUAGCAGAAGCGUAAAAAGAGGGGUUUGCGGGACACAAUGCAGACAUUCUAGUGCUGGUCCCGAAACCACAACCCUUGCUUUGUAAGCAAGCCUCAGCUAUACCAUCUGAGCCACACGGAAUCCUAUGAAUAUAGCAUAGCAAGAUAGCAAUAUAUUUCACUUGUUUAGCUGCCGCCUUGAAUUGAAGAGUAGGAUGGAGCGAAUGAAUGAAUGGAUGGAUGUUCCUGUCAGCCAAUGGGAAACAAGACAUCCCCUAAACCCCUCCUAUGUCCGUGAAUGCGGACAUCCGAACCACAAUCAACAGAACCGAUACUUGUUCCUCUCCAAAAGGAUUUAUAUUUCUCAGAGACGUGUCAAAAUCAGCCCUUCUCCCUGAGUGCUGCCUGCUCCGAAGAACCUCUCGUCUCACUCACACGGCUCUCCAUCACGUGAUCGGGUCUUUCUCACAGGCUACAAGUGAAGACGGACACAUCGGGGACGCAACUGUGCCCAUCCUCAUCCAAUUCUGAGGUGCAUAUUGAAGCUAUUGGAAGAACUGUUCACAUUUACUUUUCGUCAGCCAACAAGAUGAGUAGACCUACCGAAACAGCGAAAGCAUUAGCCUAUCUUGUCAAUCUCCUUUCCCCAUAGUACAUAUUCUGUGGAAAAAUAUAUUCCAAACAUAGUCUGGGACAGUUGUGAGAUGCGAUAAAUCCCAAAUUAAUACAACCACUAGCAUCAACAUUUUUUUUUUUUUUUACGCAAUGUGGCUAACGCAACAGACCAGAAUGUUUAGCUUAAAAUGCUGAUGAACUAUUAGACUGUUUCUUCACGUUAUGUAAAGAUAAACAAUGUGCUUAAUAUUUGCAUAAUAUUAGGAAAGUUGAGAAAUAAAUAUAGUAGACCUAGUCUAUAGAAAGCCGAUGGGAUCCUCCUCUUUUUAAUAGAGGCCAUCACUCUGUUUUCUCACUUCACUCUGUUUUCUUCACUCUGUUUUCUCUCUAUUGCAUAGCUUAUAGAAAUGUUGCGCAACAUGGGCUCUCAUGAAGUGUUUGAUUAGAUUUUCCAUUACAUUUGCUUUGAUGUCAGAGUGAUUUAGAGGGACAAUAGAGUGAUGAGAAUCAGACAUGUAGCAAGUUUGGUAGACUACUAAUGACCAUCAGCAGCAUCAGAGCUUGGAGAAGCUUAAUUACCGUGACUAAACAGUGACGUGGAAUUUGACUGGCGUCAUGACUCGUGACCGCCGGUGUGGCGCUAAUACGGUCACCGCAACAGCCCUAGGCGAGACCAUGGAGAUCCUACUAAAUUACUAGAGGGGCUAGCUAUUGUCAUAAACCCUCAAAGUUCCAGAAUGGGUUGAAAACGGCUGCCAAAUCUAGCUUCAGAUUUUUACACCAAAUAAUGUGAUUUUAACCAAAGAUUUUUGGUAUCCAUUACUGGGAGUUCCAGGAUUGGUACUGUUUGUCGUAGGCCAAGAUGGACUCUUAAAGAGUCUAACCUUAACUUUUCUCCUGAAUGGAAAAUUCCACCCAAAAACUAUAUUUUGGUAUUUGUUUCAUUAGACCACUAUUAGAUCAUCGUAGUCCCAGAAUGUUUUGCUUGUCAGCAAUCAAGUUGUCAACAUAUGUAACGUCACUUUCAAAAUUCCAAAAUCAUCACCGUAAUGAUGUAUUUCACACCCUUUUUAUGUUAUUUUCAGAGGUAGACUGGCUCUGGCAGCAAAAACAGCCAGGACGCUCCAGGUAGACUGGCUCUGGCAGCAAAAACAGCCAGGACGCUCCAGGUAGACUGGCUCUGGCAGCAAAAACAGAGAGGACGCUCCAGGUAGACUGGCUCUGGCAGCAAAAACAGAGAGGACGCUCCAGGACAGAGCAGUGCCACCCACCAGUGCCAUGGCUGGCAUCACUAUCCGAAGAUUUGAGGAAGAUGACAAGGAGACCGUGAAGGAGAUCUUCACCAUGGGGAUGAGCGAGCACGUCCCUUCCUCCUUCAUGCACCUCCUCAAACAGCCCCUGACCCAGAUGAUCCUGAUGGUCACGUUCUGCGCCCUGCUGGCCAGCUCCAAGUCCGUCCUGCUGCCUGUAGUAGGGGUCACUCUCCUCCUGGCCGGGGCCAAGCAGCUGGUGGGCUACCUCUUCAACAGCUACAUCGACACCUCCCUGAGGAAGGACCUCGACCACAUCCAGGAGACCUACCUGGAGAACAAGGACUCGGGUUUCUGGGUGGCUGAGAGCGACGGCCGGGUGGUGGCAACGGUGGCCUGCCUGCCCGCGGAGAGGGAACCAGGCUGCAUGGAGCUGAAGAGGUUGUCUGUACGUCGUACACACCGGGGGAUGGGCAUCGCCAAGGCCCUCAGCAGGACAGUGGCAGACUUCAGCAGGGAGAGGGGCUUCCCUGCGGUGGUCCUCUACACGUCUGUAGUGCAGACUGAUGCACAGAGGCUGUAUGAGAACGUGGGCUACACACGGGUCAGAGAGUUCGUCAUCCCUGAGCCCAUCGCCAAAAUCACCAACUUUACCCUGAUAGAGUACAGACUGGACUUACUGCAGGGGGGGAAAUAGGAGGACUGGACUUACUGCAGAGGGGAAAUAGGAAGACUGGACUUACUGCAGAGGGGGAAAUAGGAGGACUGGACUUACUGCAGAGGGGAAAUAGGAAGAGGACUGGACUUACUGCAGGAGAGGAAAUAGGAGGACUGGGCUUACUGCAGGGGAGGAAAUAGGAGGACUGGGCUUACUGCAGGGGAGGAAAUAGGAGGACUGGGCUUACUGCAGGGGAGGGAAAUAGGAGGACUGGGCUUACUGCAGGGGAGGAAAUAGGAGGACUGGGCUUACUGCAGGGGAGGAAAUAGGAGGACUGGGCUUACUGCAGGGGAGGGAAAUAGGAGGACUGGGCUUA